CAGCAUAUUAAAGAAAGACAAAACAUCACACCACAAUAAAAAAAGAGAAAAGAAAAGAAAGAAAAAAGAAAAGAGAAAAAAAUACAAUGAAUCUUCCCAUAACUUAUCUUUCAUUUGCUUAUUUCCUUGACCUCCUCAUACCUCCCUUCUUUGUAUUCUAGUUCAAUUAGCUAUUUCAGCAAGUCCUUUCCAUCUUUUCCAGUUUUUGUCCUCUAUUUUAUCUUAAUAUAAUGUAACUUUACUUUCCCUCCUUUCACCAUUUAGCAAUCUAUUUUUUCUUAAUCCUUUAUAGCAUUUCUGCUAAAACCACAUUACUUCAUUCCAACAUCCUUCUAACAUUCCUUAAUUUUACAAUGUUUCUGUAAAUAAACUUUAAAUUUCUUCCAAUCUUCUUCCACGGGUUCAAGCUAAAUCUUGAAGAGACAAUGGUUUUCCAAGUUCUCGAGUCCAGGAGGUGGGAAGACAGCCUUGAUCUGGACAGGGUUGUACUCCCCUGGAAGGAGAAAGUUCAAAGAUGGGGGUACUCCUGGAUUCAACAUUGUAAUUUGAGACCCAGGUGGCCUUGAGACCCAGGGGUGCCUAUUUCCAACUGCAGCUGGUACAUGAGCAACAGCCCCUUUUGGGCAGAGGUGACCUGGCCAUGGUACUCCACAGUCCGGAAACUUCCAGCCUGGAUUAUUGCACUAUGUGGGGCUGCCCUUGAAGAUGACUUGGGAACAUCAACUGGUCCAAAAUACAGCAGGUGGAUUACUGGCUGGAGUUUCCUUCUGAGCACGUAUAACCCCUGUUCUAAAACAGCUGUGUUGGUUGCCAAUUUGUUUCUGGGCCUAAUUCCAGGUGUUCACGCUUGUGCUUAAAGCUCCAAAUGACUUAGGCCCCAAAUAUAUGAAAGAACGCCUCCUUCUCUACAGACCCUCCCAGAUAUUAAGAUCAGCAGAGGGGUCCCCACCACCCUCAGAAGUUUGGGGUGGUGGCCUGGGAGCGGGCUUUCUUUGUGGCAGCUCCUAAGUCAAGGAAUUCCCUCCCCACAGAGUGCAUCUGGUACCUUCACAGCUUUCAGCAGAUACUGAAGAAGAAGAAGAAGAAGAAGAAGAAGAAGAAGAAGAAGAAGAAGAGUUUGGAUUUGAUAUCCCGCUUUAUCACUACCCGAAGGAGUCUCAAAGCGGAUAACAUUCUCCUUUCCCUUCCUCCCCCACAACAAACACUCUGUAAGGUAAGUGGGGCUGAGAGACUUCAGAGAAGUGUGACUAGCCCAAGGUCACCCAGCAGCUGCAUGUGGAGGAGCGGGGAAGCAAACCCGGUUCACCAGAUUACGAGUCCACCGCUCUUAACCACUAUACCACAUGGGUUCUCUGAAGACACACACGUUGGCCUUUGACUCCCGAGAUGUGUGUUUUCAGGACGCACCCUAUUCCUGUGACUAACUGUUUCCACUGUUUUUAAUUCUGAAUUGUUGCAGCCAACCCUGAGACUUGCUGGUAAAUAACAGGGGAUAAAGUUGUUAAUCAUCCCUGACCAUUGGUCAUGCUGGCUGAGGCUGAUGGGAGUCCAACAAAGCUGUAGAGCCACAGGUUCUCCACCAGGGCCAGGGCCUUUUCAGUGAUGGCUCCGACCUGGUGGAAUGCUCUGUCCCAUGAGACUAGGGCCCCUCAGGAUUUAACCUCCUUCCGUCGGGCCUGUAAGACAGAUCAUUUUUUUAAAUGUCAAGUUGGCUCAGCAAAAUAUGCAUAUUGCUUCUUAUUUGCCUUCAAUUUUUAUGGUGCCAAGACACCUUCAGCUACAAAAGACUUGAGAAACUUAAUUGGUUGCCCCUUGAUCCCAUUUCUUGGCCUUUAAUUUGAAUUCAGCCUGAUCUUUUAUUUCCCUUCUUUUCCUUCCCCCUCCCCUUUUAUGAAGAUCACCCGCUCUGAGACCCCACAGUUAAUUCUCCCCUGGCCUCCUCGUUGGCCCAAGUAGGACCAAUUCAGCCAGCUAGCCCUGGGGAUUAUCUAAUUGAUUUUUGAAUUUUAUUGUUAUUCAUGUUUUUAUACUAUAUUUUAUGCUGCUUUUAUAAUUAAGUGUUUUAAAGUGUUUUAAAUUUGUUGUUAGCUGCCCUGAGCCCGGUUUUUGAACCGGGAAGGGCGGGGUAUAGAUAAAAUUUUAUUAUUAUUAUUAUUAUUAUUAUUAUUAUUUAUUAUCCUGCUUUAAUCCAGGGGUACGAAACCUGUGGCCCUUCAUAGGUUGUUGAACGCCAACUCCCAUCAGCCCCAGUCAGCAUGGCCAAUAGUCUAGCCUGAUGGGGCAGCAAUAUCCAGAGGGCCACAGAUUCAGACACCUCCCCAAGCCCAGUCUACCUCCGUCCCCCCCAUAACUGCACCUGUUCAUAUUCACCCUGUUAUUUCUCCCAGUCUCCUCUUCUCUGACUUCUUCCUGCAUAGAUUAUUACCUUUUGAGGGCAAGGACCUUGCCUUUCUCCCCCCCCCCUUUCCUUUUCUUAUGCUGAAAAACGCCAUGUACACUAAGGACACAAUAUAAAUAAUAACUGCCAGUUGUGGCUCUGACGUCAAUUCAAAAAUAGGGCGUGAGGGACUGAGUGGGGCUGAGUCCUCCUAAGGACUCAAAUCCAAGUUUGCUCCUGACCCAUCAUUUCUGAAGUGAGAACAGUGGCAGAAAGCAAGGUGGGAGUGGAACACACAGUUUAUUAAUUAGGGCAGGUAUGAAAAGGAAUCACAGUUUGUUUGCUUAAUGAGACCUUGUGAAGUGUGGCUCAUGAAGAAAACCAGCUGUGAACCGUUGCGGGAGCCGGAAAUAGAGAAGUGUUGUGGCUUUUAAAAAGGCCCCCUGGAACAGACUUGUCCGAACCAGGAUUUCAUUUGAGCUAGGUUCUUCCAGACCAGGCAUAGGCAAACUCCGGCCCUCCAGAUGUUUGGGACUACAAUUCCCAUCACCCCUAGUUAACAGGACCAGUGGUCAGGGAUGAUGGGAAUUGUAGUUCCAAACAUUUGGAGGGCUGGAGUUUGCCUAUGCCUGUUCCAGACCCUAUUUUUGAGCAUGUGAGGAAAGAAUAAUGGCCAUUGUACCUCUGAGCAUGUACAGACUGCAUUCCACUGGAUAACAACAGUCACAAACCUGGGUAUUUUAGGAGGCAAAACUUCCACCUCAAGCUGUUGGAGUUGUACAGCCUACUAGCUGUCGUUACAGGAAUCUCUGGUUGCACAUGUUCACAGGUACAGCAGGAUCACUUCCUGAUUUCAAAAGCAGCUGUCGUCUCUGAGAAAAUUAUGCUCAGAUUAAUUCCUCACUAAUGCAGCUCAUAGGAAGAUAGGAAGCUACCUCACACCAAGACAGAACAUUGGUCCAGCUCAGUCAGUAUCAUCUGCUGGCUGGAAGCAGCUCUACAGGGUUUCAGACAGGGGACGAUUCCAGCCCUACCUGGUCAUGCUGGGGUCUUGUCUAGUCAGGCCAUGCACUAUACCCCUAAGCUACGGCCCCUUCCUCCGUCUCCCAGGGGCACAACACCUGUCUGUUCUAGUGUGUGUCCACACAAGAGGUGUUUAUAGAUUUCAGAAAUAAUUUUCAGGAAUGUCCUACAUUUUUCUCCCAGCCUUAACUUCUGAUCCAUGUGAAAAAUACAGUAAGUAUGCAGUUACAUUGCUAGACAUUAUUACGUAAAUAUAUAGAUAUUAUUAUUGUCCUAUAUACAUAUAUGAUUAUUAGUACCCUACUGUGUUUUAUAUAAGCUCAUUCCAAAUAUCAAUACAGUGGUACCUCAGGUUACAUACGCUUCAGGUUACAUACGCUUCAGGUUACAGACUCCGCUAACCCAGAAAUAGUGCUUCAGGUUAAGAACUUUGCUUCAGGAUGAGAACAGAAAUUGUGCUCCGGUGACGCAGCGGCAGCAGGAGGCCCCAUUAGCUAAAGUGGUGCUUCAGGUUAAGAACAGUUUCAGGUUAAGAACGGACCUCCGGAACGAAUUAAGUACUUAACCCGAGGUACCACUGUAUAUCCAAAGAAAAGUCUAUGUCUAUAUAACUAAUCCAUUCAUAUAUUGCAAGUGUCAUCAUGCCAUCAAUCCAUUGAUUAACGGAGAUCCUAUCUUUAUUGUUCCAAUUAAUCAAUAUCAAUCUUUUGGCCACAGUUAGGGCACAUAGAAAAUCCCUUUUUCGUUGUCCAGUUGUCAACUUCCAUACAAUAGGUAUAGAAUUUUUCACACUUUUUUCCCUUUCUCCCUUUUCCCCUCUUUUAUUACUUUAUUUUUGUACCUGAAGUUCUUCUAAUAAAAUAUCAACAAACAACUUCUGAUCCAUGUGACCACUUGAGCUUGCCAGCAUUCGGAUAACCUGGAAGAACAGCCGGGAGCAUCCUGAUCACUGCUGCUCACCGUGGGGUGGACCUCACUCGUGUUCAGCCUAAGACAGUCUGCAGGAUGGGUCUGUACCUGUGGGAUAACAGCCUGUGAGUAGCAAAAGGAGACAGGCAGGGAGAAUGAUGAGCGAUAGCAGCAGGAGCACGUAGUCCUCUGACCUGCGUGCACAGCAGGUGUAUGUAAGCAGGUGAGAAAGGAGUGGUGUCACCUGGGUGCUCAUUGAGUACUCAAUCUUUAGCCCCACACCCAUGCGAGGCUGUGAGGGGCAGGCUGCAGGACCUGUGGCUAUAUUUCCCCCCUUUUGGCUUGCAAUGAAAUGCUGUGAGCACAGAGACAGCUUGUUCUGCUCCACGCAUCCUGGCUGUGAUUCUGCUAGGCAAAGAGAGCUCUUAGGUGUUUGGCCAGUCAUGGCAGCAGAAUGCCAGUCUGGAGAGAACCAGAAUUGUUGCUGGCUGUUCCAUUAGAGUUGGUGAAGUGGGAGGCUUUGUGGUGUCGUUUUGUGUGACAUGGUUUUGCAGAAAGGUAGGCUACGGAUGUUCUCUGCUGACCUGAGUUCAUAGGCCCAGCAUUUGGGCACUGUUGCUUGCACACACCCUCACUGGUGAGGGGAGAGACUUCAUCAGGCAAGGCCUUCUUCCACCUGCCUGAGGCAGAAAUCCAGUGAAAGCAAAGUUGAUCUUUUAUUAUCUGUUGCAACAGAGUCCUCGCCCUCCCCCCUUUUGUCAGGAGGCGAAGGACCCAGAACCAAGAAAAAAACGCUCUUUUUAAAUGUUUGCCUUUUGGCAUGAAGGACAUCGCCUUUUGCAAACGUCAGAAAUACAGCACACAUAAGGCAGGGUUACAGUGGCUCAGGCAAGUCAAGGUGUGACAUUGCUGAGGAUGUAGCAAGUUUCACAUGGUUCCGGACACAGUUUUACACAAAGCAUUUGCGUUUGAGAAAGACAAUCAGGAAGCCAAUCAGGCAUCCUCUAUGCCAGGGGUCAGCAAACUUUUUCAGCAGGGGGCCGGUCCACUGUCCCUCAGACCUUCUGGGGGGGACGAACUAUUUUUUGGGGUGAAUUCCUGUGCCCCACAAAUAACCCAGAGAUGCAUUUUAAAUAAAAAGACACAUUCUACUCAUGAAAAAACACGCUGAUUCCCAGACCGUCCGCGGGCCAGAUUUAGAAUGCAAUUGGGCUGGAUCUGGCCCCUGGGCCUUAGUUUGCCUACCCAUGCUCUAUGCAGAGCAUCUGAGCAAACAAAGGCAAAUUCAGGUACUUCCCAAUAGGUUAGCUGCCGAAGUGAUCUCAGGCUAGGACAGGCAUAGGCAAACUCCAGCCCUCCAGAUGUUUGGGACUACAAUUCCCAUCAUCCCUGACCACUGGUCUUGUUAGCAGGGGAUGAUGGGAAUUGUAGUCCCAAACAUCUGGAGGGCCGGAGUUUGUCUAUGCCUGGGGUAGGGGAAUAACGGGGGAUUACUCGCAAUACGAAGGGGCAAUAAUACAUUGUUCCAUGGGGAAACUCAGGUCUUCCUUGUUACUUAUUUUCAUGUAUAUUCUGGGGACAUGUGGCACACAACAGAUGUAUAGAGGAGGGAAAAGGGGGGAGGUAUUUAAUGGGCAUUUCCUGGUAACUCUUGGUAAGUAAAAGUUGUGUAAAACUGCAUAGAAAUCAUUAAAAGUGAUUGCCAAGUAAUUUCAAUUAUAUUAUUUAUUAAUAUUUGUUGUUGUUGUUAUUGUUUUUGUUGUUUAGCAUUACCGGACAUUUUCAGAAGGUAAAAUUAUUUGGUUUUCCAAAUGCAGUUUAUGUGCCAAAACCGUAGGCUUGCCAAGCAAAAUGUUGUCCAAUCACAAAAAUAAUAGCAGAUUUUAAUUCCUCACACCCAAAAACGUAUUUUCAAGACCCCGCCCAACAGAAGAAAUUUGCAAAAAUAAGUACCACCCCCUAAAAUGACACGCCCUACCCCAGCACCCGGGUUGGCUACCCCUGCUUUAAGGGGUUUGCUCUGUCCGGGCGAUGACAGGGUUAAAAGCAAAGCGUCGGGGAAGCGUCGGGGAUGGGUUGCUAGGCAACGCGGCUGCACCCCCCCAAUCCAGGCCAAAGAGGUGGAAUGGUUCCUCGUGCAACCAUCACUUCCGGUUCCCGAUUAGCCACCCCUGUGCGAGAGGCGAGAGUGGCGGAAGCCGGCGGCGAGAAGGCAAUGCAGAUCUUUAAAUAGGCGGGUGGUGGGACGAUGCCCGUCCAGCUUUCUAUUCCGCCCCCCCCACCUCUAUAAAAGGUGGGGAGAUGUGAGACUAUAUAUUUCCACUACCUUCGCCCCGCAGAGGGAGGAGGUUGCUGGCUGCAACGGAGAACCUGAGCUGUCGUUUGGGAACCACCGGGACUGCGCCCCAGAGGCUGAAGGGGAAGGGAGAGGUGCAUGAUGGGAAAGGAGGAGGUGAUGAUGCUUGCAGUGGGUCCUUGGCGGGGAUGCUGUACCUGUGCCUGUACCUGUGGGUAUCCCACCUGAGCUCCCCCAGGCGCAGAUUCCUGAGUUUUGCAGGGAGCCAAGCUGGGUGGGGAUGGGGGGUGGAGGUGGCUGGUUGGGGGCUGUGCCUGGGGGUCCCCCAGAUUCAGCCCAGUGCUGAGUGCGAAUCCUCCAGGGCAUGAAGCGACCCCCUCCCUCCCGGUGUGUUCCUGGAAGCAGGGCUGGCCCACCCAGGAGAGGAAAUAUCUCUGCAAAUAUUGGAUCCCAUCCCAUGCAGGGAUAAGGGCUUGCCUUGUGGGGUUAGUUCUGGAGAUGUUGUGGGACUGAAGCGGAGGGGGGCUUGCCAUUGAGAGAAGAGGGGGUGAAUGCAGCAGGAGGGGUGUGGUAAAGGUAAAGGGACCCCUGACCGUUAGGUCCAGUCGUGGCCGACUCUGGGGUUGCGGCGCUCAUCUCGCUUUACUGGCCGAGGGAGCUGGCGUACAGCUUCCGGGUCAUGUGGCCAGCAUGACUAAGCCGCUUCUGGCGAACCAGAGCAGCGCACAGAAACACCAUUUACCUUCCCGCCAGAGCGGUACCUAUUUAUCUACUUGCACUUUGACGUGCUUUCAAACUGCUAGGUUGGCAGGAGCAGGGACCAAGCAACGGGAGCUCACCCCAUUGCGGGGAUUCGAACCGCCGACCUUCUGAUCGGCAAGUCCUAGGCUCUGUGGUUUAACCCACAGCGCCACCCGCGUCCUGUAAAACCAUGGCCUGGGUCAGGGCCAGAUUUAGGUUUGAUGAGGCCCUAAGCUGCUGAAGGUAAUGAGAGCCCUUUAGAGGUCCAGCUGUCCUUUGUCAACAACAAAUUGUCACUGUUUUUUUGUGUUGAAUAUCUGCUAUAUGGUAAUUUAUGGACCUCUUAAGGGUGUUGGGUGUAGCUCUGCAAAGAGAAACUACAAGUUCCCUGCGUUUUUUUCUGGAAAGUCUGCCCUUAACAGUUUUGGCUUCCCGCAAAUAGACUUGUAAUUUUGUGAAGUGUUUCCAGUUUCUUUUUUGCAUACCUUCAUACAACUUUGGUACUUUUGCUGAAGACCUGUGGAAGUAAAUUAAAUUUGACAUAUUUAUAGAUAUCUGCACUAGUGUGACAAUCUGGAACCAGAUUAAAUUUAUUGUGUGGGCAUACCUAUAGAAAUCUGUAGCCCUGCAACAAUCUGCUAUUGCAUUAAAUGUAUAGUAUAGGAUUAAAUGUAUGUAUAGACACAGCUAUAGCGAUCUGAGGCUGAGACAUACCACUGAGUAUGCAUUAAUAAUAAUAAUAAUAAUAAUAAUAAUAAUUUAUUUAUACCCCGCCCUUCCCAGUUCAGAAAACCAGGCUCAGGGCAGCUAACAACAAAUUUAAAACACUUAAUUGAUGCAACAAAAAACAGCAUAAAAUACAGUAUAAAACAUGAAUAACAAUAAAAUCAGAAUUCAAAAAUCAAUUUAGGGGGGGAAAUCCAUCCAAUAAACAUUAGAUGAUCACCAGGGCCAGCUGGCUGAAUUAGUCCUAUUUGGGCCAACAAGGAGACCAGGGGAGAAUUAAGUGUGGGAUCCCAGAGUGGGUAAUCUUCAUAAAAAGGGGAGGGGAGGGAAGGAAGGGGAAUAAAAGAUCAGGCUAAGUUCAAAUUGAAAGCCAGGCGGAAUAGCUCUGUCUUACAGGCCCUGCGGAAGGAAGUUAAAUCCUGCAUUGUGAUUGAAUUCCCUUUUCUACAAAUAGAGGCCACCAUGGACCAAUAUAGCAUCCUAGGCCGCAUUGGAGAAGGAGCCCAUGGGAUCGUUUUCAAAGCCAAGAACAUAGAAGUAAGUGGAGUCUCACCUUUCACCAGGGAUUGACUCUUGGUAUUUUUCUCAAGCUCGGGGAGAAGAAUGAGUCAAGCAGGGGAGUAGAGGGCUUUUGGGUUUCUUUCACUGCAGACAGGUGAGACUGUUGCCCUGAAGAAGGUGGCUCUCCGCAAGUUAGAGGAUGGGAUCCCCAAUCAAGCACUUCGGGAGAUCAAAGCCCUCCAGGAGAUUGAGGAAAAUCAACACGUGAGUAGCCGGUUUGAAUUUCUUUUGUGUGUGUUUACCUCAGUUUACCUUAGGCUGAGAAGAAGGGAGGAUGUGGUUUGGGUUACGAUAGCCUUAGAAAUAAAUUGUGUUAGUUGGCCAAAGCUGCUAGUUUCUUAAACCGUGGAUCUGGAACUCCAUGCUACUGCAGUAAGAUGCAAAUGAAAUUGUGCCAACUGGACAAAUCUGCUUUCGUUUGCCAGUUGUGGUUUUUUUAAAAAAUUGCACGUUUGCAUUUUAAAAUAUUUGUCGCACUGUAUGAGAUUUUGUCUAGGCCCGGAAAAAGAACAGCGAUAAGAAUUGUUUCAUAAAGAUGGGAGGCAGAGGAUGGUGAAUGUUCACCAGAAGUAGAUAAUGGUUAUGAUGAGGGAAUCAGUGGAAAGUUCAUCCAAGCCCUCUCUGAGUUAAGCCCUUUUUUUUUUUUUUUUGUAAACAUGAGGGCUGGAAACCUUGGAGUGGGGUGGGGUGAGAAGAAAAACACACACUGAAACGCAAAUUAUCCAAUUCCACAUUAGAGGACGUGAUCUUAUAGCAUAACAACGUGGCAGCUUUCUUGUUCAAAGCAUACGAAACAAGGUGCUCGUGUAUUUCUAGCUGUGAGAUGUGGUUGACAUUACUAUUUCUCUCUCUUGGGUUGUGGCAGAGACUGUGCUGAGUUUGGGGCAGCUGUCCUGUCAGGGAUAUGGGUUAUCAGUGUUAGGAUCAAACACCAGACUGUCGCAUUGUUCUGGUUCAAGUGGAAGAGGGAACCAGGUCAGCUAGUAUUGAUUCAGCAGUAGGGAUGUACAGUGAGGGGGGAAAGUAUUUGAUCCCCUGCUAAAUUUGCCUGUUUUCCCUCUGAUGAAGAAAUGACUAGUCCAUUAUAAUGCACAUCAAUCUCUGACUUUUGUCUUCUGGGUUUCUGGGGGUUUUCCUGUUGUUAUUCUGUCUCUCACAGCUACAAUAAACCUACCAUUAAAAUUAUGGACUGGUCAUAUCUUCAUCAGAGGCCAAACAGGCAAAUCUAGCAGGGGAUCAAAUACUUUCCCCCCCUCACUGUAGUUAGGAUCUAUGAAUACCUUAAGAACUGUAAUUGUGAAAUACAAACCACCAAAUAAAGAAUUGCUCAUAAUUUUUGCCAAAAACAUAGAAAAUGCUGAUUGCUGGGGAAUUGGGAUUGGGGAAUUGACCUGGUCAGGAGCAGAGAUUCCCUGAUGGUAGCGUAGCUCAUUGUUUUCAGCUUAAUGCUUUAUGGGGUUCCCUUGCACACAUGGAGCUCUGAAUGAGUUCUCCAUGCAUGUACUGGAGACCUUAGUUUGGUAUUUGCGUAUCCCUACUCUCCUUCUUUUUUCAAGCCCUUUCUAGUUCCAAAUUCAGCAAAGAAAGAAAAGGGGCUUGCAAAACCCAAGCUGCACCAAAGCAUUUAAAUUAAGCUGUGUUUGGCCAAACUAAUUCCAGAUACAGAAUUUCGGCAUUUGUUUUGGGAAACAAUGACCGCAUUAAAGCUCCAGAGACCCUGAAAGUGAGGGGCCUGGCAAUAUUAACAUUCUUUCAAGAGCUCAGGUGUGCUUUGCAUACGUUACCUUUCUGCAACCUUGAAGCAAACUUGUAAGGUAGGUCAAUGCAAUUGCAGUGGUACCUCGGGUUACAUACACUUCAGGUUAAAUAUGCUUCAGGUUACAGACUCUGCUAACCCAUAAAUAUUACCUCGGGUUAAGAACUUUGCUUUAGGAUGAGAACAGAAAUCGCGCGGUGGCAGUGGGAGGCCCCAUUAGCUAAAGUGGUACCUCAGGCUAAGAACAGUUUCAGGUUAAGAACGGACCUCCGGAACGAAUUAAGUACGUAACCAGAGGUACCACUGUAUUGUCUCCAGUGUGGUGGACUAGGACAUGAGAAACGGGGGUUCGUAUCCUCAAUCGUCCAUAAAGCUCACUGGGUUGCCUUGGGCCAGUCACUGCCUCUCAGGGUUGUUGCAAGGAUUAAAUGAGGGGGAAUAACUUUGUAUGCCUCAUUGGAGAAAUAGGUGGGGUAUAAACGUAAUAAAUAAAUAUUGGAGAAGGGGGGUAGGGCUGAUGCUGAGGCAAAGAUGUGCCUAAAGCCAUUUCAUUGGUUUAUGGCUGAGGUGGGAUUUGAGGGGCAAGGGCCGCGACACAGUUGUAGAGGAUCUGCUGUGCAUACAAAAGAUUCCAGAUUUGACCCCCAUCGGCAUCUCCAGAAAGGGCUGGGAAGGUUGGCUGCCCGAAACCUGGAGUUCUGCUCCUCUGUUCCUGUGAGGACUUCCUUAUUUCUCUCUCGGCCUCCCUUUCUUUCUUUAAUGAUCUUUUUAUUUUAUUUUUUAACAAAGGAUAAAUGAAAAUAAAAUAAACAUACAUCAAAAAACAGUACAAAAUCCAAAUAUCGAGAUCACUCUGAAUCUCCUGACUUCCCCCCAUCCCUUCCAUGGGUCCUUUUGAUUCUAUUUUCAACUGCAUAUCAAUACUUCUCCAAUUUUUCAUCUUGUCUAUACAUUCUGCUACAUUACAAGUGUAUUUAAAAUCCUGCUAAUGUUUUGACCUGUUUACAAUGAUUUUGUAUAUGCAUUAGAAACAUUUCCCAUUCUUUUAAAAAUUUCUUCUUGAUUCCUGAGCUUCCCAGUUAAUUGUGCCAUUUCGGCAUAGUCCCAUCAACUUGAUUUCCCAUUCUAGUCUCUCGGCCUUUUGGCCACUACACAUUGAAGAGUUGGAAGGCAACUCCUUCUCUCCCUCUCCCCAGGUGGUGAAGCUGAAGGAUUUCUUCCCCCACGGCACAGGCUUUGUGCUCGUCUUCGAAUACAUGCUGUCCGACUUGUCGGAGGUCAUCCGCAACUCGGAGCAGCCCCUCACCGAGGCCCAGGUCAAAGGCUACAUGCUGAUGCUGCUCAAAGGGGUGGACUUCUGCCACGCCAACUCCAUCAUGCACCGGGUGAGGCCUGCUCUGGCUCCCAGAUUGCUUUCUUCUUCCCGGGAUCCCACCUCCCCUUUUCUCACCUGUUCGCGCUGUACUCCUCUUCACCCCUCGGCUCUCCCGUUAAAAACUGCAGGUAUUUCCGAACUCCUCCCUGUCCUUUUCAGGAUCUGAAACCGGCCAAUUUGCUGAUCAGCUCCACGGGUCAGCUGAAAAUUGCUGAUUUUGGGCUGGCCAGGGUGUUCACCAGCGAUGGAGAGAGACUGUACAGCCACCAAGUGGCCACCAGGUGAGUCGGGAUGGGCAGGGGUGUGGGCUGAGCAUAAAGCCAGGGAAGGGAGAGCCAACCCCUUGCUCCUGCUGGAAUGACCACAACAAGAAACAGCUCUCCUUCCAUGGCGCUUGCAGUCUGGCUUAGCAUUGAGAAUGCUGUGGAGUCUGAUGGCUGCCAGGAACUGUCUCUUGAGAUUAGUGAGCAGUGUUGAGCCUGGUAGCUGGAGCUGGGAAGCACUAGGGGCGAAUGCGUUUUGGUACGCUCAAAGAUGUGACUCGCCUAAACCUUUCUGUAUUAGGUGGUACCGGGCUCCUGAACUCCUGUACGGUGCUCGGAAAUAUGAUGAAGGUGUGGAUCUCUGGUGAGUAUAUUUGCCCUGUCUUUUGCUACAAAAGCAGGGAUGGAGAAUCUGUGGCCCUCCAGAUGUUGUUGGACUACAUCUCCCAUCAUCUCUGACCAUUGGCCAUGCUGUCUGCUGAGGAUGACGGACGCCUGAAGGCUCACCACAGCUUCCCCAUGUUAUAAGAAAAAAACUGCUCCUUUUCCCUUAUGGGGUACCCAAGAGCCCAAAUAGAGUCCUGUUUUAGGUUUUCUAUUGGUAGGAGAAAAUAACAGAGGCAAAGCAGAGAAUAUUGAGAAGCAAAGCAGCCAGUAAGCCUGAUCUUUAUUAAACCCAUUGCAACAGAGUCCUCCCCCCACACACAGGAGGCAGGAAGAGCAUCCUGAACCCUUAUAUAGACUUUUGAACUGCCCACCCUGGAGCCCAAGACCACCCCCCAAUACAUCAUACGUCCAUCAGAGAAGGGGCGGACUACAACAGAAAUCUGAGUGCGUUGUUUUUAUCUUGUUUGCCAGGUUACCUGUUUGGAUUACCUGGGCAUCCUGGCCACUCUUUUUUUAUGAUAACUACUCAGUUCCUGAAUCCAGGUCACAGGAUCACCCUAUUCAUAUCUUAAAUGUGCCCUUGAGACAGGAUUUGUGAGCAAAGAGACAAUGGGGAGGCUCCUCAUUCCCUUCGACCUUGCAGAGAAAUAUCCGAGGUCAAUUUGGAAGAGACAAAAUGGUUUCAGGAUUUUUCCUGUACUGAUUCAGACAUGUGGUUUAUAUGUGUUUGGCUGGUACGUUUAUUUUAUAUCUUAGACCUUAUAAUUCUCAUAACACCCGUCUCUGCUGUGCAGAAUCCUUCCAUCCCCAUGCUGUCUUACAGAUCUCUCUUCCUAAGGCUGGGAAAUUCAUCCCACUCCAUACAGGAGGAGGGCUCAGAUGGUGUCCUCAGUGCAGCAGGACAGACCGGCCACCUUUCUCUUGGUGGCCCUGAACGGUAGUGAAUGAACAAGUCUUGCAGUUCCUAAGCAACUGUUACAGAUUUACUGUGUGCAUCCAGUAACAGUGCAGCAUGUGGGGGGUGAGAUAAUGGGGGUGUCUGUUGCUGCUGAAACACUCCCCCCCCCCGAUUUCCUAGGCACAUAUGACUUUUGGCUAGUGAGUGCAUCAGCCUGGAGUUGCUGCUGCACAUAUAAACGGCCUCGGCCCAGUAUACCUGAAGGAGCGUCUCCACCCCCAUCGUGGACCCUGAGGUCCAGCUCCAAGGGCCUUCAGGCGGUUCCCACACUGUGAGGUUACAGGGAACCAGGCAGAGGGCCUUCUCGGUAGUGGCGCCCGCCCUGUGGAAUGCCCUCCCAUCAGAUGUUAAGGAAAUAAACAACUAUCUGACUUUAAGACAUCUGAAGGCAGCCCUGUUUAGGGACAUUUUUAAUGUUUGAUGUUUUAUUGUAUUAAUAUUUUGUUGGGCGCCUCCCAGAGUGGCUGGGGAAACCCAGCCAGAUGGGUGGAGUAUAAAUAAAAUAUUAUUAUUAAAAUUAAAAGUUAUAUUGGAGCCCAAGAUGAACCUCAGGGCAAUGAUAUACAACAGAGAUCAACUGGUUUAGCCAUCAUGCAGAAGGAAUCUUGUCAGCUGUGGCUUUGUGAGCAUGAGGAACACAUAUAAUACUUGUUUAUGUACUGCUUAGUGCCCAAAUAGGCGGCUUCUUCUUCUUUUUUUAAAAUAAUUUUUAUUAAGUUUCCAUUUACCAAGUUACCAAAUUACACAUAUCAUACCAAUUAGUCCAAAUUAUAUCAAUACACAUCAUAAAGUCCAAAUAUUUUCCAGAUUAUAAAUUUUUGUGGGGGAUACCCAUGCUUCUCGAUCGGCCAGAGUCCAUUCAUCUAUAUUUCUGCUGCUUUCCUGAUGUUUUUCAGUCCCAUCUUCUAAACUCUUUGUUGUUACUCAUUUUCCUUUUCUAUCACCUCCGAGUUCUCUCCACAAGUGGGUUGAAAGAAACAGUUUAUAUCUCUGUGUGGGCUUUUGUAAUGCUCUCUUGUAAAUCUCUCACAGAAAUCCAAUAAUCAGGGCAUUCGUUCGAGCAGACACGCCAUCUUGUCACUCCGAUGAAAUACAGUCUAAAUGUCCGCUCAUUAACUUUCCAGACCCGCUGCAUCGUAAAUUAGUCCUCCAGGAGGGUAGCCUUUCAAAUUUACGAUCCCAAACUGAUAACCGAUCUACGGCUCUUCCUCCCUAGACCCUGUAUCCUGCAGCGAAGGUCUGCCUGUCCAUAUCAAAUCCGAUUUCUUGCUGCGUCACAGAGAGAGACUCUUUUCUUUUCCAAAUCUUUCACAGAAUAAAACCUUCAAUUCAUAUUAUUUUUUCCCCACACAGUUCAUUUUUAAUCCCUCUUGCAAAUUAGUCGUUGAGACGGUUCUUUAAGGGGGAGGGUUGUUAAAUUAAUCACAUGAAAAAGUAGAAAGUCUCCCCCCCCCUUUCCGUUCCGUUCCUCGUACCAAUAUGUCUACCAUUCUCUGAUGUUAUCUCUGUUCCUUCCGUCCCGUUCUCAGUGGUAAAAUUAUUAGCAGAUCAAAACAGAGACAGUUCUUUAAGAGGGAGGGUUGUUAAAUUAAUCACAUAAGAAAGUAAAAGGUCUCCCCCCCCCUUUCCGUUCUGUUCUGUUCCACCUACCAACGUGUCUGUGAUUCUCUGAUGUUAUCUCUAUUCCUUCUGUCCCAAUCUUCUUCAUCUCAGUGGUAAAAUAAUUAGCAGAUAAAAACACUCCUGACCUCUCUUGAAGCAUGUGCGUUUACUUUCUCCAAUUGUUUCUUUUUAAGCAACGCAACCAGAUUCGCUCCUGAAAGUAGCUUCCGGGAGUUCCGAGCCUGUUUGAGGGCCUUCCGCCCAGUGCCUCACUCCCUCCUUCAAUCGAACUCGGGGGUGAUCUAUGGCAACCGCGGGCGAGUACAGCAUCUUCCCCUUCCCAGGGAAGACGAGGGAGACUGAUUUUACUCCCCAUAAUCAGCCUCUAAUUACCUCGUACAAGCUGGAUAGAUGGUAUGGCCAGCAUCUUCCAAGGCGCCCCAGUGGCCCCCGUGCCCAAAUAGGCUUCUAAGGAGUUUACAAAAUAAAAAAGGCAGGUUACAUAAACCUUUCAUAGGAUUUGCUUGGGGUGUCUCUGUGUGUGGAAGACAUAUACACUAUAAAACGAAGCCAGUUUGGUGCCUAUUUAACUAUCAAGCCUCUCAGCUAGAAAUCCAAAAUUUCUUCACAUCCUUGCAGCAGUACAAAACUGUCCAGUUCCACACCAGUUUGAAUAUGCAGUGCAGAACCCAAAACAAGGAUGUGGUUGGUUUCUGAGCCUUGUGCAUUUGACCUCUCUUUUGACCCUGCUUUGGCUGCCCACCCUCUCUCUCGUUUGACCAGGGCUGUGGGAUGCAUCUUUGCCGAACUUCUCAACAACUCCCCACUUUUCCCCGGAGAAAACGAUAUUGAGCAGCUGUGCUGUGUCCUCCGAGUCCUUGGGACCCCCAACCAGAAGAUCUGGCCGGUGGGUUUGGUAGUUAUGGUAUUGCCCACAGGGGUUGCGGGUCAGCGUCCCGUGCUUUUGUCUCUGGGAGGAAUGGGGGCAGUUUAAAAACAGAGAAGCUUGAGAGCUCACGUUUCCCAACUUCUGUUUGGGAGCAGGAGAUCACAGAAUUGCCCGACUACAACAAGAUUUCCUUCAAAGAGAAGCUGCCAAUUCCUCUGGAGCAGGUGGUGCCCGACGCCUCCCCACAAGCCGUGCAGCUCCUGAAACAGUUCCUGGUCUACCCUUCCAAGCAGCGUGUUCAGGCAGCACAGGUAAGAGAUGCAAGGAGGUUUCUAGCUGGCCUUUGCAGAUACCAGAGCAGGGAACAGGGCGAGGAAUUCUGUUGGGUUGUAGGAAGUGAGUACAGUCAUACCUCGGGUUACAGCCGCUUCAGGCUGCAUUUUUUCGGGCUGCGGACCGCUGAAACCCGGAAGUACCGGAACAGGUUACUUCCGGGUUUUGGCGGUUGUGCAUGCGCAGAAGCGCUAAAUUGUGCUUUGUGCAUAUGCAGAAGCGCCGAAUCGCAACCCGUGCAUGCGCAGACAUGGGUUGCGAAUGUUGCAGGUUGCGAAUGUGCAUCCUGCACGGAUCACACGGAAUUGGUGCUUGGAAUAGUCCUGGCGUUGUGUUGUCCCUGCCCCGUGGUUCCUUCCUUUUGUCCCUUUGGGGAGCAUGGGGAACUGGCAACUGGGGGAAUUAUGUGCUCCAAGAGACCCCAUUCCCCUCUAGAAUGUGCUCUCCAGGUGUCCUGGAAGAGGCCUUCACCAUGAAUACAUGCCUCUUUUAAAUACAGUCAUACCUCAUGUUACGUUUGCUUCAGGUUGAGCGUUUUCAGGUUGCAUCCCGCGGCGACCUGGAAGUUACUUCCGGGUUUUUCCGCUUGCGCAUAUGCGCAAAAUGACAUCGUGCACAUGUGCAGAAGCGGCAAAUUGCUGCCCGCGCAGACCUGGGUUGCAUUCUGCUCAUGUUGUGAACGGGCCUCUGGAAUGGAUCCUGUUCGCAACCAGAGGUACCACUGUACGUGCGUUCUUUUCUGGGCCAGGGGAGAUGCAUCUCACAUCAACACAUGCUUGGAACGCUCAAUGGAAAGGGCAGUUGUUGUGCUCCAAAUUGCCACCAGAGGGCACCCCAGUCUAUUUCCAUUGGACUUUCAUGGGGCCUGGCUUUCCCAUGUUCCCCAAGUGAGGGGGUGAGAGGGCACCCAACUCACUGCUUGAAUGUGGCUAUUUAUUUAGAUGCAUGAAUGGCAAUUAGUAAUUGAAGUUCAGAUAACGAAGAAAUGUGGGUGGGGUGGGGUGGGGGGCGUAAUGGAGGGGAAGGGAAGAGACAGUCUAGGUUCCAGGGUCAUUUCUACACAAUACACUUAAAAGUCUUCCACUUUGCACAGAGGUGUUUUUUAAAAUGUAUUUUUAUUAAAGAUUUUAUUGAUUUACAAAAGUACGUGCAAUGUCUCUCUCUCUUGUAUUUUUUUUUUCAUGUAAUGUUUUUACAAAUCAGUUUCAUUUGUUGAGACAUUAGGGACAGGAAGAAAAGGGGAUGCACAGAGAUUUUCAACCUUUUUGAGUCUAUGGCUCCUUUGACCAACUACAUUCUUUCUGUGGCACCCCUGUGGGGCUCAGGAGCCCAGUUAUGUCACCCCUUGCCUGCAGAGCUGGCAGCCUCUCACCCUUUUUCAUUUUUUAAAAUAUAUUUUUAUUAAUUUUUACAUAUCAUUUCCAACAGUUAUAUAACAUAUUUUCUUAACUUAUACAAUGUUUUGAACUUCCAUCAACCACAUCUGAAGAUUUUUCAAUCUUUAUCACUUAAACUACAUUUCUUAAUUUCCUUAUUACUUUAAAUUGUCCUGAACUAAUAAUUCUCUUCAUAAUCUUCUCUGCAAUAUUUUGCACAAUCCUCCUUGCAAAACUUCUUGCAGUCCUGCUGCCUCUCACCCUUUUUCAAACACCCUCCUUUGUGGCGCGUUCCCUCAGCCUCCUCUCCCCUCUCCUUGGGAGUCCUCUGGGCAGCCACUGCUACCGUCCUUGGUCUCUGAUCUGCCCCAUCUGCCCCAAAGAGAGGUGCCUUCUCACACUGCCCCUUAGGGGCCUGGGACCUGUCUGUCCAUUCCCAACAGCAAGGGCUGGUGGACUGGCUGGCCGGGCUCCCUAGUCAGCUUGCUUCCUUACUCCAAGGCCACCUCAGCUCCUGGCAACCAGCCCCCCAUGGCCAGCUCCAGAGGCACCAUUCGCCUGGGGAACUUGCAGCCAGGGCUGCUGCAACAAACAGCUGUGCAAGCCUUUGGGAGGCAGAGAAACAAGAGGACAUCAGAGGAGAGAGGGAAGGAAAGAGGGACAGAGGCCAGGGUUGCCCACAGCACCCCAGACCAUCAUUCAAAGCAACCCAAGGGGCCACGGCACACUGGUUGAAAACCUCUGUCCUAGAGAAUCCUGGAAAUGGUAGCUUACCUCUCACCGAGCUGCAAUUCCUAGCACCCUUAACAAAGGACAGUUCCCAGGAUUCAUUGAGGAAAGUCUUUAAAUGUGUGUUAAAUGUGCUUUAAAUGUAUGGUAUCGAUGAGAUCCCAGUUUGCAUGCACAGGACCUUCUUCAGCCUCCAUGCACAACUUGGUUUACCUCUGAAUACCUUGUGUUAAAGCAAAUGUGGAGAAACCCAUCAUUACCUUCAAGCCUGUGAGCUGGCAGAGACCUCUUUUUGCUGGCUGCUUCUGGGCUGCAGGCACACCAGACGCUUGAAGCACAUGGCUCCCCCAAGGGAUCCUGGGAAUUGUAGUUUAUUAAGGGUGCUGGGAACCAUAGCUCUUUGAAUUAUAAACUACCACUCCUUAGAUUCUUGGUGGAGGAUUUGCUUGGUGGGCUAGUUGGCCCUUGGCUUCAUCCAGCCCAGCCAUUUUGUACUUCCUUCUCCAGGCGCUAUUGCACCCCUGAAUGAAUGAAUUUAUUAUUUCGGUCACAGACCAGUUCCAGCCCACAUACAAUAUCAAGGAAGUCAUAAAACACAAUAGGGAUACAUUUGAAUUUGCAAUUAGGUUAUAACAGGGACAAUACAGUGGUACCUUGGGUUAAGUACUUAAUUCGUUCCGGAGGUCCGUUCUUAACCGGAAACUGUUCUUAACCUGAAGCAGCACUUUAGCUAAUAGGGCCUCCUGCUGCUGCCGCGCUGCCAGAGCACAAUUUCUGUUCUCAUCCUGAAGCAAAGUUCUUAACCUGAAGCCCUAUUUCUAGGUUAGCGGAGUCUGUAACCUGAAGCGUAUGUCACCUGAAGUGUAUGUAACGCGAGGUACCACUGUACAGAUAUAGCUACAGUUAAAAAAUAUACAAAUUAAAACUUAGUCAUUAACAUAUAACCUAUAAUUAUCAUUUAAAACCUUAAUCAUUAUGAUAGCACAGCUUGUUCCCUAAGUUUUAUGGCAAUCGCACAGCCCUUGGCUUCAUCCAGCCCAGCCAUUCUCUACUUCCUUUCCUUCUGCAGGCGCUGUUGCACCCCUAUUUCUUCACUCCCCCGCUGCCGGCCCACCACCUGGAGCUGCCCAUCCCUCAGCGUGGGGGCAAAAAAGCCCACCAGGGCCCCCAGCACCAGCGUGACUUCCAUGUGGAGCAGCCUCUGGAGGAGUCGGUGGUGGACCUGGAGCUUGUGGCGCCUUACGUGGUUGACGUAUGAAAAGAGGAUCUCUUUGCUCUUCGUGGGGCAGUGGGAUUUCUGCUGCCCCUCUCUUGGGUCAGGAGAGCUAGUUCAUCUUAAGCAGGAUUGAGCCGCUUCGUUGAACUGGCAGGAACGGGGUGGCAGAAGACAGAACUGGAGCAGGGGCAGCUGGCAGUGUGGACAAGGGAAACGUCUCUUGCCUGAAAUCCCCCUUGAUGCUGCCGUGAAAGAGACAGGAGCCCCGUUCAGGGCAGGAGUGGACCAAUUCCUUAUUCCUCUGGAGCAGAGUUGGAAACCUUGGGCACAAAGGGCUGCCAGACAAGUUGGCCUUGCCAGCCUCUUCUGCAUAAAAACCACCACUUUGGACCUUUCCUUCCAGGACUUUGGGGUGCUUUUAGCUCCCUGGUUCUGUGGUGAAGCUCUUUUGUAGCAGCUCCGUAGCAAUGUUUUGUAAUUAAAUGAUUUGUUAAAACAGUGAGCCA